GUGCAGCAACAGGAAGCAACAAGUCUGUAUGCAUGGCAGGAGGAAGUGUUGGUGUAUAUGACAGUAUCAGAGGAGCUCACCCCAUCUUCCUGAGGCUCCACGUACAGCUCAUCACCGAUCCUGGACAGAGAAUGGAUGGCUUUGGCCAGCACUGGACGUGUGUAUGAUCUGAGGAACGCUGCCGUGCACCGUCUCUCCUCCCUUCACCAGUGAUAUAAAUGGCUCUUGCUGAAGAGGUGUGACUGAAACAACCUGUGCGUACUGAAACCACGGACAUUUGGUGAAAGAGAGAGACUUUGAAAAGACACAGGAAGAGAAAAAGUCAACACAGAGAGACUGCUGCUGAAACUUUUGAGGAUUGUUAUGAAGGAGUGGAGGCAGAAUGACAGCGAAACAUCCCUGAGAAGAAGCAGCCUACACAGAGAAAAAGAAGAAUUUUUAUCCUAGCUGACGAAGUUAAACCUUAAGAGAUGGACCUGAUAUUUCCGGUGAGAUGUUAAGAGGAUAAUGGAAAAAAAUUGGAAGAUUAAAAAAAGAGGGAAACAACCAUCACAGGAGUCUUAACAACAAAAGUUGGUCAAAGGGGUGAUUCACACACAGCUAAUUUCUUCUGUCAUGGUCUGCAGUCUCUUUUUAAAGCAACACAUUACAUAAGACUUUGUGUCCAUCCCUGUUUAGUGGACUGUAUUGUAGAGUUUACAUGCACUCAUUGUUGACAUGCUUUGAUACACAGCAGUUCUGUUCCUAGAUGUCUCAGUCACAUAAUCCACCAGACACUCAGGCCUUGCUGCAGUCCAUGCUGCAGAGACUGAGGCUCCAGCCGGGAAGAGAGGGCCAGGCAUCAUUGCGCACACCUGUACCCAUCACAGCUGCUUCCACCUGGAGGCAAGAUGGAGACAGAGGAGCCUCCAAUGUCCAGAAAGUAAACAACAGUCCUGUAAAUUGCUUUGAGUUUAGUACUAAUGGUAUCCCCUCAAAAGAGUUUGGGAUCUCUGCUGUGAGCGGUAACUUUGGCCUCAAAGGUGGGGAAAUACAACAACCAGGUCAUGGCUGUGAAGUGGACAGGGGUCUCAUUUCCAUCCCCACCCAGAAAGACAACAUUGAUGGUGACACGGGUGAGAACAGGGUGAUGGGACAGGCCGCACAGCCUGGAAUUACCCCAACAGGAACAGGGCAGCUGUUUCCUGCUCAAUCACUUAAGGAUGCUGAUAUCACUUCCUUUGAGAGGAUUGAUGGGGAGAGGGUGAGUUUUGGCAGCUCUGCAAUGAGAAGGCACAUCCCUACUAAUAAAGAUGCUGUAACAAGCAUGGGACAGAAUCAGGGCCAGGACCAGGGUUUUACACGUAAAGUCCACAUGUGGUCCUUGAAGCCCAAAGAUGCAAAUCUUGACACGGGAAGUCAAGAGAAUAAAGUGUUCCAUAUUGGAAAUGGAGGAUUUGGAGCUUUGGCACAAAGUAAAGACAUGCAGAUUGUCCCGACUGGCCAAGAAACAACAAACAACAGCUCUCGAAGAAAACCACGAUCGUCUGAGAAUAAAACGAGGAGAUGGACGCAGAAGAUCAAGGAGAGAUGGAGGGAGAGGCCAGGGAGUUUUGGCAAAAAGGGAAAAGAAGAAGGAGAAGACCAGAAGAAUGAGCAAGGAAUUAAACUAUUGACAGAAGAAAAUCUCAUCAAUACAUCAAAUGAGCAGGAAGACGGGAUCCUCCAUUCACUAGACAGCAGUGACCUGAGUAAAACCCCUCGGACACACACAGAAGACAGCACUAUUGAAGGACAUAUGAGGUCUACUAGUGACUUUGAGUUUGGCUUGGGCUCGUUUAGCUUACUAGAGGAGAUUGUCACAGGUCAAGAGUGGGCCAAGUUCCUAAACCCCAACCAGUCAGCCGCCUCGGCCAAUCAGAGACCAUCAGAAGAGCCGCUGAGCCAACUCAAAAUCCCACCAAAUCGUCACGAUAGUGGUCAAUCAUCUGUGAUUUUGAACCAACAAGGAGGUGUGAACAACCAGCGCAGCUUCAGCAGCACUGAGGCAUCACCAGUUUCAGAUUUCAGCAUGGCACAAAUAUCACCUGAUGCUUUCCUACCAGUCAGCAUGGACGUAACAGAAGGAAAACAAGCUGCAGUACAGGAUGGCCAAUCAGAACCAAUGGAGCAUAGACAUACCCAUAGACCUCCUUCGUUUGUACAGCCUGCAGAUAUUCUGAUCAACUCAGCACUGAAGAGCAGAGUCCACCUCAACAGAAAGAGACAGCAUCAGUCAGCUGAGAGGAGAGACGAAAGGCUUCAAACAGCGAAUAUAAGUGAUGGAAAAGAGGCAGACAGAGAGGGGUCUUUAUCUUCACUGAGCCUGACAAGCCGCCAUGUGAUGGAGGAGAAAGGAGAGUCACAUCAUGAUAACGUCAUGCCUUUUUACAUCCUAAACUCUUCUCCUCCACCUCUCUCUUCACCCUCUUCUACUCCUUUUGCUCCUGCACCCAGGGGUGUCCUCAAACACUCCAUAUCCCAGAAUUCAGAGUCCUCAAUGGAAAUAGUGAUAAAAAGGAGGCGAGUUGAGGAGAACCGGCGGGUUCGUUUUUCAGAGGAGGUGAUGACCCUAGAGCCUCCAGAACUGGAUCUGGAUCUUACAGACUCAGAGGAGGAUUCAGGAGCGGAGGAGGACUCUGUGAUAGAGCAGGAGUGUGAGGUGGAGCAGGCAGCGAUAGAGGUGGUGGCACCAGCACGACGGGCUGCUCUCCCUGCCUGGAUUCUGGCUCUGAAGAGGAGGAACACUGGGAGGAAGCACAGAUAGUGAAACUGCAAAAAUUAGCAUUUACUGUCACAGACUUGUCUUUCAUAAAAUGAAUUUGAACACACACACAGAGUUGAACUUUUCCUCCACUUGUCUUGUGAAAGAUAUGAUUUUAAGACUUAAAAGGCAACUAAAUGUCAUGUUGAGUAUGUUCUGCAGUGCACACAGAAAAUUUGCUGACUGGAUAUCUGGACACCUCUGUCUGUUUUAUUGCUCCUCAUCCCGCUCCAGACCACCACCACUCAAAAAAAUUAUAAUUGAUCGAGCGUUGAGAGUAUUUCACUGCUUUGCUUAGCAGCACUGAGAAGAGAUCAGACUGCUAUGUCAGACUUUUACAGCUGUUUACCUUCUCAUCUCACAAGGACUAUGAUCAUUAAGCAUCACCUGUCACAUUUAAGAGGAUUUUUUUUUUUUACCCAGCAGUUUUCUUUGCCCAUGCUGUCCUCCCUGUCUAUCUCUCCAGACUGUAUUAUAUACUGCCAGUGUCACAUCAGCUGCAUAAGUGUUUAGUCGAUUUGGUUGCUGGAGUGAAUAUCCUUCCACCAGCUUUUACAGCUUUUAUCAGACAUAUUGUGUCGUCCUCUUCCUCCUCCUUCAAUCUCACACUGGACAGCAACAGACUACUCUCUGCUCUGCUGUCUGACUCCCUCUGUCUCUUGGUAAUGGCUCCCUGUCCGGCCAUCCUGGAAAUGAACCCCAGAGGAGGAAAGUGAAAUGAGUUUAGUGGCGGCUGCAGACUAUGAGUGGUGUCUGACAGUCUGCAGCUCUCUGUUCAACUCUUGAAAUGUUGAAACCCUAUUUUGAAGCCAUUUGCUUGCUGGAGAUAAGCGCCUGAGCACUGAGUUUUUACUCUGAGUCAUUACUAUUAUCAUUUUCAGGGCUCACUUCAGUCAUCCCCUAUAGGAUAGUACGCCCUGACAAUAUUAUUGGCCUCUGUUUAAGUUUUAACAGACUGCGCCUAUAGCUACAGUGACAUGGGAGACAGUGGAGCUACAAGACAAACAUUAAAGGAGUAGUUCAACAUUUACAACAUUUACGCUUAUUCGCUUUCUUGCGAGAGAAUACCACUCUCUCAUGUUUGUAUGAGUAUGUGACAUUUUUAUGCUUCAGUUUUUGUAACAAAUGAGAUAUAAUAUGUGAAUUAGUGAAUUUUGUCGUUCCUUUGGUCAGAGCCAGGCUAGCUGUUUCCCCCUGUUACCAGUCUUUGUGCUAAGCUAAGCUACCGGCUGCAAGCAGUACCUGUACAGAUACGAGAGUGGUAUCCUUAUUCUCUUGUAUCUUAAAGUUACCAUCCUUCCAUCUUGUUAUCCUGAACAAGGGUGGUGGAAAAUGUGUUACCCUGAUUUUGUCUACAUUGUCUCCUUUGCAUGAAAAACUAGAUAACAUAUAUUAGUAAAAAACAUCCUCCAGCUACCUCAUUAUCCCAGUCACAUUUAUUAAUUCUUCUAAAUAGGGAUCAUCUGAAGAAGUGGCAUUAUCUGCUGUUCCACGUUUCACAAUUGCACACACAUCCAGUCUUGCAUGGUCUUUAAAUGCUGUUCUAGUAGUCAGAAAACUUUGAGAAACUAUUUGUUUAUUCUGCCCACAGACGAGCUGCAGCUUUGCUUCAAAGAGUGACCAGAGGCUUCAUUCAGAGAUAGCGUACUUUAUGGCACUGUGUAUCAUAUAUUGUCAUUUCCAUUACAUGCAUUAUAUUGAUUUGUGUGAUUAAAGUAGCACAUUAAACUUUA